GGGAAGCUCGGCCACCAUUGGUUGGCCGCGACGGUGAAGAGGCCGUUCAUUUGCUACGGCGCUGCUUCCUCCCCACCAAGAGCGUUCGCAAUGAAACGAACAUUCUUAAGAAGUAACGAGAGAUCUUUGCAUACACGGUGGAACCGGAGCUGAAUGACCCAGGAAAGAUCGGGUGGGCUGGGCGUAUCAUCAUUAGCUACUGUCAGUAGCGUUGAGUCUGCAUGCGAAAACCGAACUGGAAGACUAUAAAAGUUGCUGUUUGUAAAGAGACAGAAACCCUGCUCCGCUUCUCAGGGGGUGCAGGUAAUGAAUCUAUAACUGUUGUGGGAUGUGAAAUCCUGGGUACACCUCCAGCCCCCAACAUCUUGAAGCAUCUUCACAGCUAACCUCCUUCGUCCUUAUGAGAAUACUGGACUCCUUUCCUCACAAGCCCACAAUGGCAGUGGAUGUAGCCAUGCAGCUAUACCUGCGCAUGCCCUCUUUACGAAGAGAGAGUUUUGCCUGCAAAAUCGCUCCAAAGCCUAAGAAGCCUUUGCGGCCUUGCAUCCAUUUGAACAGCAGUGCCGAGCUAAGUGAGCAGGGAGCGGGAGUACAAGCACUGCAGAGCAGCAAGGUGAAAAAGAGGGUUUCCUUUGCAGACAACAGAGGCUUGUCGCUGACGGUGGUUAAAGUGUUCUCAGAAUUUGAUGAGCCUUUAGAUAUUCCCUUUAAUAUUGCGGAACUAAUAGACAAUAUUGUGGGCUUGACAACGGUGGACAGAGACGACUUUGUCUUGGAUUUUGUACAACCUUCUGCAGAUUAUUUGGACUUCCGGAAUCGCCUCCAGGCAGACUAUGUCUGCCUUGAAAACUGCAUGUUAAAAGAUAAAGCCAUCGUGGGCACAGUGAAAGUCAGGAAUCUUGCAUUUGAGAAGGCUGUGAAGAUCCGAAUGACAUUUGACACCUGGAAAACCUUCACUGACUACCUGUGUCAGUAUGUUAAGGACACUUACGCGGGUUCAGAUAAGGACACAUUCUCCUUUGAGAUCAGCUUGCCAGAGAGAGUUCAACCCCAUGAAAGAAUAGAGUUUGCAGUGUGUUAUGAGUGUGAUGGUAAGGUGUAUUGGGACAGCAACAAAGGCCUGAAUUAUAAGAUCACACGGUCGGAACUGAAAUCUGCUCAGGAAAUUUCUCAGCCUCAGAACGAACCUGGUUUUGGAAUUGCCUUUGACCAGUUUGGAAGCCCUCGAUGUUCCUACGGCCUAUUUCCUGAAUGGCCCAGCUAUUCAGGGUAUGAAAAACUUGGGCCUUAUUAUUAAAUCAAAGGCUUGAGCUGUGUAUUUAAAAAUACCCUGCACAGUAAACUUUUUGGGAGUUUGCUGCAAGGUUGCAGCUGACAAAGGAGGCGCAUGUUUAUAAUGAAAGUGAAAUAAAAGGACUUGUGAAACCCCUGACUGGAGAUGGUUUAAAAACAGAUGGUCUUUGCAUCAUCCUUGUUAUGAAUUUAAGUAGCUGUAAAGUGGGGGAUCUCUCUGUUGUCUUAAGACCAAUGCUGCCAAGUCUCCGAGUCCAGGUCAGUUCUCGCUGCUUCAGUCCAAGCAGUUUUACUUGCAUGUCGUCCUCGGGUGCACCACAGUAUUGCAAACUGUGCAGAGAAAUGUUUGCCUAUCUUAGACUGUUGUAUGAUGGAAUCCCAUUUUGCUGCACAUCUCUGAAAAGCUAUCUCCUUUUCUGACAAGGAAUAAUGGAGAGACUAUCCAGGCUGUGAGUGACUGUUGAUAACAUCUUCCCAUUCUCUCCUUAUCUGGUUUGUCCAAUCGGUGAGAGGAGACCAAGAUGUUCAAAUAGAAAUGACUGUAAUUUUAGCUAGAAUUAUGACUCUGCUUCCUUCCAUUUUAGGAAAUGCCUUCAUUUGUGGAAAGAUACCAGGGUGCUUACUCACCGUUCUGCCUGUGCCUCUUUUUUUUUUUAAUUAAGAGAACAGUAUGUUUUAAGUUCUCAGUGGUAGGUCAUUCAUGCUGUAAUCUUGUAGCUUCAGAGUAAAUGUGUGUGAGCAUCGGUUGAGGGGCUGCUAUCUUAUUAAUGUGCCUUGAACAACUUCUUUGGGUUGGGAUGUGGGGGAGUGUGAAGAAUAAAAUGUCUUUUUUUUUUUAAACAUAACCUUUCAUGCCAUCAUGUUGUUUAAAUAUAUUCCUUUUGAGCCUGGUGGGUGUAGUUGUCUGAUUAGCGAACUUUUAUUUUACUACUUUCCCCUCCCCGCCUCAUGAAUUUUAUAAAAUUGGAUGUUACUGACAAAAUCAAAUAAAGCUUAUUAACUUGUAUAAAGAA